CUGCAUCCGAACUUACAACAUGCCUCUUCACAAGCCAAAGUCACAAAGAAGCCGUCUGUUUAGGCCCCCCAAGCGGUCAGCCUCCGGCACUCCCAAAAAUGCAACGGAAAGAUCGCUGUCUCCCCUCGAAAGCCUGCCGGUGGAGCUUCUCCAAAAGGUCUUUCUGUUCGCCGAGAACGUAGCUCUUGCAAGGAGCAGCCCAUAUAUCGCAGCUGCAGUCUCGUCGGAGCACAUCAUCCAACAGUUCACCAUGCGUGUGCUGUUUUCGCAGGAAGAAGCCGUUCCUGCUGACCAGCAGGCUAGCGGGACCGAUACUGACGCCGUCGCAGACUCGCCGGCGACGGUUCAUGCAAGCAGGCAAUCUGAGAGACGUUCAGCUGGCUUUAUCCGCAACACGGGACGGCUCUGGCGACGGUACACUGAUUCCUUUUUCAAGGAAUCGACUGACAUACUUGCUUGUCGCUUCAUGACUUGGGAGCGGUUCAAGAUUUGCAUGCAACUGGGCCUGCCGACCUUCAACGCUUCUUAUUUCGAUCAUCCAUAUCAAUUACCAUUCAUGUGUCAAGGCUUGAAGCAGCUUGAGAAAGAACAGAUCCCCAGAAAGCUUCUAUGUGGCCCAUGGACCCCUGAUAAAUCGGCUUUUCUUUAUUUCCUUACCUUCGUUGGGCUGCGCGCUCCCAGAUCAUGUGAGAGCAUUGCCAACGAGGGCCUCCGCGAAGCUGUGUCGCAGCAGUCCCCUCUUGCCGUUGCAGCGCUUGUGUCACCUUGUGUUAUGGCUCGACCAACCACGAAGCUCCUGCGCAGCGCCGUAAUCGAUCACGACUGCCACCUUGCAAUUGUUCGCCUUCUUCUCACGCCUUGGGAAGACGGCACUGGAACUCCUCCGUUCCUUGAUUUCCAGGAUGCCGAGCUCCUACGGUGGAUUGAGACACAGAAGUCCCGUGAGAACCACAAGGGAUCGUGGCUGGGGGCAGCGCUAAAGGAAGCGCGUUUUGGGAUCCUUCGACACAAAUACAGACGGCCCGGAGGUAGGAAUGGUUCCCUGGACGUGUCGCCAGACGAGGACGCAAUCAUACCUAUAGCUCAACGUCGUCCAGAUCCAGCCUAAUUCAGAUGCGUGUGGAUGGACAUGUAUUUUUGGUGCUGCAGCGAAAUAGAGCCAUUGGAACAAACCCACUCGUCUCGAUGCAUUGCUGGUGCUGUGAAUGCCCCACAUUUCCCCAAUCCCCAGCUGUAGAUCGCGAUACAAUGCGAGAAUAAGCAUACCCGCGCCGUGCCAGAUCUGCGGGACUAGAUGAAGCAGGGAUGUGGAUUUAUGACGCU